GGCACCAUGAACCAGGACACCGAGGUGGACAUGAAGGAGGUGGAGCUGAACGAGCUGGAGCCCGAGAAGCAGCCCAUGAACGCGGCGGGGGCCGGCGCGGAGAAGAACGGCCUGGUGAAGCUCAAGGUGGCCAACGAUGACGAGGUGGCCUCGGCCAAGUUCACGGGCUUGUCCAAGGAGGAGUUGCUGAAGGUGGCGGGCAGCCCCGGCUGGGUGCGCACGCGCUGGCUGCUGCUCGUGCUCUUCUGGCUCGGCUGGCUGGGCAUGCUGGCCGGCGCCGUGGUCAUCAUCGUCCAGGCACCGCGCUGCCGCCCGCUGCCCGCGCAGAGGUGGUGGCACACGGGCGCCCUCUACCGCAUCAGCGACAUUCAGGCUUUCCAGGCGGACAGCGCGGGCAACCUGGCCGGCCUAGGGGAACGCCUGGAUUACCUUAGCACCCUGAAGGUGAAGGGCGUGGUGCUGGGUCCAGUUCACCACAACCAGCCAGAUGAUAUAGACCAGACCAACUUGAAGCUGAUCGACCCCACUCUUGGAUCCAACGAAGAUUUCGAGAAAUUCCUCCAGUCAGCCAAGAAAAAGAGCAUAAGGGUCAUUCUGGACCUCACUCCCAACUAUAAGGGCCAGAACUCAUGGUUCCUCCCCAACCAGGUUGAAGUAGUGGCUUCCAAGAUGAAGGACGCGCUGGAGUUUUGGUUGCAGGCUGGUGUGGAUGGGUUCCAGGUACGGAACGUGGAGUAUUUGAUGAAUGAAUCCCUUUUCUUAGCUGAGUGGCAGAACAUCACUCAGAGGGUCAGUGAAGACAAGCUCCUGAUUGCAGGGAUGAAUUCCUCUGACCUUCAGAAGAUCCUGCAGCUGCUGAACUCUGACUUCUUACUGACAAACUCAUACUUAACCAGAACUGCUGAUAGUGUCAAUGAUACACAAUACCUUUUCACUCACUAUUGGUACUCUACUGGCAAUCCGUGGUGUACCUGGAGUAUAUCUCAGGCUGGGCUCCUGACUUCCUUUGUGCCCGCUUCCCUCCUCCGACUCUACCACCUGCUGUUCUUCACUCUUCCGGGGACCCCCAUUUUCAGCUAUGGGGAUGAGAUUGGCCUGGAGGCAGCUGCCCUUCCUGGAAAGCCUGGGGAGGCCCCGGUCAUGCUGUGGGAUGAGUUCAGCCUCCUUAAUGCCUCCAGGCCAGGGGCUCGAUUAGUCAAUGUCAACGAGACUGUGAAGGGACAGGAGAAAUCCGCUAGGUCUUCCCUCAACCUGUUCCGGAUGCUGAGUGGAGAGCGGGUCAAGGAGCGCUCGCUGCUGCACGGGGACUUCCACACACUCUCCUCGGGGCCUAGCCUCUUCUCCUACAUCCGCCAGUGGGACCAGAACAAGCGGUUCCUGGUAGUGCUCAACUUUGGGGACAUGAGUACCUCGGUCAGUUUGAAGGCUGAGGACCUGCCACCCACGGCUCAACUCAUGCUUAGCACCGAGCCAGAGAGGAAGGUGGGCGUCUCCCUGGAGCUGCAGCACCUGAACCUGGCGCCCAACGAAGGGCUGCUGUUCAACUUCCCCUAUGUGGCCUGA